UGUAAAGCUGUCCCUGGAUAUGAAAAAGAAACAGCAUAAUGCUAGUAAGCUAUCUGUGACAGGCAAGGAAGUGAAACAUAACAAUCUGGGCAGGACUUAAGAAAUGCUGAAUGAGCUCCAAUAGGCUGUUCCAAAAGAACCCUAUAAAUAAGCUCUUCUGCAGGCUAUAAUAGCAUUGUGCUACAGCCAAAGCUUACAAUCAUUGGGACAAUCAAAGUUCUUUUUAAGUCUCUUUUGUUAGUUUGCUCUUUUUUAUUUGGAUAUGAAGGUGCUGAGCAGAGAGGAGCUGAAGAGAGCUGAGGAAGAACUCCAACAUUACUUCCCCCAGUCACAGCAGGCAUAUGGAUAUGUCUUCUUGAUGAAUCGAGUAGAAGUUUACCCCAUUGAUGUGCUGGUGGACCAGUGGCCAGAUUUUAACGUACUACUCAUCAGUCCACAGCGGAAGGAGAAAGCAGACCUUUUCAAAGACAGCUGCCUAUUUACUAAGGAUCAAACUUCUCUCAGGAACAUGCUGAUCAGGACGGACAUUUUUGACUGGAAGCAGGUUUUCUCCCUAGGUUACCCUUACAAGUGUCCUCACUCAAUGAGUCUCACAUUGAUCUGGUCAAUAGUAACUGGAAGUUUGGCAUGGGGGAAUUUAGCGAACGCUUCACCAGGGACAUUAUUGUGAAUUUACCAUCGUUUUGUGUGCUGGAUGCAGAGGGUCGGCCGGUCUCAUGGAUAUUAACCUAUCCUUCCGGUGCAAUGGGCAUGCUGUAGACACGGCCGGGGCACAGACGGAAAGGUUACGCCAAAGCCCUGGUCACCAUAAUGGCAAAGAAACUGCAUUUAGAAGGUUAUCCAGUGUACUGCUUAAUUGUGGAGGCUAACGAAUCAUCCUACAGACUCUUUACCAGUUUAGGUUUCACUACAGAUCCGUCUUACAGGGUUGCUUGGCUUGAAUGUGAUGAUGGCAAUAGUCCAUAUCGAUUUUAAUACACAGGACUUUCUUGUCAAUAGUGAUUACAGAAAUACUUGCCAAACAAGCUGUGAUUUGUCCUAUAAUAUAAAAUAUAUAGAAUGGCACAAAAAAAAAAAAAAAA